UUGCAUGCUUGGAAAAGUUUAAAUGCAAAAUCUGAAUGUAUUGCAUAUUCAGAGUUUCUCCCUUCUAAAACUGUACUCCUACACCUACCACACAACGAUACGAUAGGUAAGGGGUUCCUGUGCUUCCUAUUGAUUCUUUCAUUAGUUUUACCGUCUUCAGGGACAGGUAACUUGGUUACAAACGAUAUUAAGAUUCAUAUUUUGAUUGAUCAUGCCUAUGACCUAACCAGGAAACUAUUUAUGAUCUAGCGAAAUAUACACAUUGUAGUUGCAUGGAAUUACAUUCCCGUAGAUUGGAAAACGGCGUUUUAUCAGACCAUGUGACCUCUGUUGCUUAGCAACGUAUUGUGAGCAAGCUUCUGCCGAAAUAUUCUGGCAUUCCCAUGAGUAUGGGAAGGAACGAUUAUGUUGUGGUAACUAAAUCAACCGAGUUGCUUGAUCAUCGAUGUGCGGUGUACUUCUAUUGCACAAGUAAUAACAUAAUGGCUAAAAGUACUUUAAAAAUGGCAGUUUAGAGUUUAUGGAGUCUUAGGUUAUGCUACGUCGCUAUAGCCCGCUAAAGUUAGCAAUUGAUAACUGGUGAAGAGUUGGGUCAUGCGAAAGUUGCGAAUCUUCAACGGACCGUCUGCCAAGCAAAUAAACGAGGAUGAGUCCAGCAUCGGAAACGGAUUCUGCAAUGCAGACCUCAGAUGAUGCAUACGACAAAUUCAUUCUGCGACACCUUCAGCACUACGGUCUGUUCACUGGUACGGCUCCUCCUCGGGCCAGUGCUUCCUCCUUUGAUAGAUGGGCAGUUAGUCAAGACUCUCAGUCAGACACCCAUUCACCUGACAGCCCUGACUCCAAUACAGGGGAUGAAGAACAAGACGCUGAAAAGACGUUUCCCUUGUACCUGCACAAGCCUCUAAGGACUAAGCAGCUGCUGAUUGACUUUAAUGGGGGCCGGCCCAUUCCUCGUCUCAGACAGCCCCGUGAUCUCUUUGCCAUCCCCUCCCACUCCAGUCCAAUUCAGGGUGUACGCUGGCCUGUUGAGUGUGACAUCACUGUGGGAGACAUUCAACAUAUAGAAUGGGAUCCACCAGAGGCAGAGCCCUUCUACCAGUGUACAGGCCACGAGAGGACACCUAUGCCAGUCGGGGAGGAGAAAGGAAAUAUCGUUUAUUUAAUCAAUCCAGCUACAAGGACAGCUCACUUCACCUGCUCCCGGGUCGGAGGAAGCCAGGGCCCCGUAAAGAAUGCCCAUUGGUCCAGCAGCCAGGAGCCGCCCCUGUCCUUUGAGUCCCGCUUUCAGAGCGGCAACCUUCAGAAAGCAGUGCAGGUAGGCGUCCACGACUAUGAGCUGACUCUUCGGCAUGACCUCUACACUACUAAGCACACACAGUGGUUCUACUUUCGGGUGCAGAACAUGAAAGCUGGCGUCACUUACCGUUUCAGCAUCAUCAACCUGCUCAAGCCUAGUAGCCUGUACAGUGCAGGCAUGCGCCCACUUCUGUACUCAGAGCGUGCUGCCAGGGAGCAGGGCCAAGGAUGGACCCGGACCGGGGCCAACAUAAAGUACUACCGCAACAAUAGGGAACAGGACGGCAAGCCGCUGUACUCCCUAACCUGGACUCUGGAGUUCCCGCACGUGGGUGACUCAUGCUAUCUGGCACACUGCUACCCUUAUACCUACUCAGACCUACAUCGCUAUUUGUGUCGUGUGGUGCGUCAGCCCAGCACAGCCGCCUACUGCAAGCUGCGGGUACUAUGCCGUAGCUUGGCAGGAAACCCGGUCUAUGUACUGACCAUCACUGCCCCGGGCAUCAGCUUGGAUAGUCACGUUAAGCAGGCUGUGGUGGUGACUGCGAGGGUUCACCCAGGAGAGACCAACAGCUCUUGGAUAAUGCAGGGCUUCCUCGACUUCCUUCUUGGUGACUCUCCUGAUGCCUCUCUACUUCGAGAGAUGUUCGUCUUCAAGGUAAUCCCCAUGCUCAACCCUGAUGGAGUGGUGGUAGGGAACUACCGCUGCUCACUAGCUGGUCGUGACCUCAACCGGAACUAUCGCACACUCUUGCAGGAGUCGUUUCCCUGCGUUUGGCAUACUUGUAAUAUGGUGAAAAGGCUGCUGUCAGAGAGAGAGGUGGUACUAUACUGUGACCUCCAUGGACACAGCAGGAAAAACAAUGUCUUCAUGUAUGGCUGUGACAGUAAGAGCAGUACCUCAGUAAACCUCCAGGAAAGGGUCUUCCCUCUGAUGAUGAGCAAGAAUGCUCAUGACAAGUUCUCUUUCGGGAGUUGUAAGUUCAAGGUUCAGAAGACCAAAGAAGGCACUGGCCGCGUUGUUAUGUGGAAGCUUGGCAUUAGAAACAGCUAUACCAUGGAGUCCACCUUUGGAGGCUCCACACUUGGUAACAGAACAGGAACACAUUUCUCCACUCAAGACCUGAAGUCAAUAGGGUAUCACCUUUGUGACACGCUGCUGGAUUACUGUGACCCAGACACAACCAAGACAAGCCAGUGUCUAGCUGAGCUGAGUGCUUUGCUCAGACUGGAGAUCAGCAGGAGGCUAGGCCCGGACUCCAACGGAUCCCUUGGUGGUCUCUCUGUCUCUGAUAUUGAAUCCAGCACUAGUGGCUCCAACAGUUCAGAGUCAGAUGGCCCUCCAUUGAACCUAGUAAAUACCUCUCACCAGAAAAGGCACCUCAGAAGUCGCAAGGAAAGAAAUCAACUUCAUCGAAAGCCCAGCAGUGUGCGUGGCAAGAAGACUCAGGAUACGUUAGCCAUGGUGAAAGAUACAGAAAAAAGACAGAAGGUAGAGGCAACACAACAGAGUGGAAGUGCAUGGAGCCCUCACCACUCCCCACAGGCCCAUGGGAGUGACCACAAUACUGGCCAGGAGGGUUCCGUGGAGGCUGUGUCAACACCCAACAUGGGCAGAGCUGGAGCACACUUGUGUGGGGGUGAGGCUACGCCCUCUGUCCCACAUGGCCCAGUCAGUGGUGCUGCAGUCCAGCAGUCUGAUCCUAAGGGCAGGCAGGUACACCCAAUCCAUAUGGCCGCCAUGACACUCUGCCCCAGAAUCAAAGCCCACCCAGGUCAGACCUUAUGAAUAUGUUAUUACUUUCAUUCUUUUCCUGCUGUCAUUUUUUUUUUUUUUUAGAUUAGAUUGAGAUUAGCUUUUUCGGUUGUCACUGUGUUAAUUCCAUUGUAUGUUGUACGCAGGUGAAAUCUGUCUCACAGUUGAUGCAUCCUUUUAAAAAUUAGUUUCAAUGUAUUUUAACAGCGGUUUAUUCCCCCUUCAGGAAAACCCACAUAUUACAAAUUCCCGGCCCAUAGGUAAGCAAAAGUAAUUAUUAUUGUUAGCACAUUUGACAGAUACAGUAUGUGCACAUGAAAGCACAAACAGAGUUUGAAAUACUUGUUACCAGUUUCAACU